UGCAUGAGGGUCAAGGAGGUGAAGGAGGCCCUGGGGGACGACAGCACGGGGCACCCACCAAUGCGCUACCGGUUCUUUGGCUACCUUGGGGCCUACAUUGUGGCCAUAUAUGGCCACAGAACCGGUGUGCUAAUGUGAUGAUCCCUUCCCCCUCUGUGUGUUGUGGCAUUCUGGAUUUCUCUUCCUGUGUAGGAGGAGCCACAGGACAGGCCACUCCUCCAGUCUGCAGAGGCUGGAGGAGGCUGGAGGAGCACACCUGACUCCAGUUCAAUCACUGAGGUUAUAUAGAGGAGCUGAGGCCUCAGUUCUCUCUCUUUCUCCUCCAUAGCCACCACCUUGGUUUGUUUAGUUGGUCUGGUUAUGUUGGUUUUGUUUAGUUGGUUGGUUACUUUGGCUUAUACACCUGCAUUUCACCACAUCGCAUGCAUGCACACACCUAACCACUGAUAUACUGACUCACAUAAAAUAAUGUUUAUUUAAUUAACCGAAAGCAACAUAAAGAAACUUAAUUAUUAUAACUUGAAUACAUGUGUGGUCUCCUUGUUUUGUCAUGAUCUAGGAGCCGGCUCAUGACACUAACGUGCAUGAGGGUGAAAGAGGUGAAGGAGGCCCUGGGGGACGACGGCAUCGGCUACCUCAUAAAUGUCAGGGACCACAAAACCCUCAGAAAGUUUGGCCUGGCCCAACUCUACCUUGAUGGAGAAGAGUACGGGUGGUGUAAGCGGUGGCUUGACCUCAGGAGGAGGUGCGUGGCCACCAACCCGUACUUCUUCUCCUUUGGGAAGGGCCAGGCCAAGGACAUGGUCCGCUACGUCCGGAGGGCCUGGGCAGAGAUGGGACUGCCGGGGAGUCCUUCCCUCCUGGAUGUUAGGAGCGCUGUGGCCACCUACAACUUCGAGUCCAACAAGGAGGACCGGGAGAAAGUGGCCUCCUUCAUGUGUCACUCAGUGGCCACCCAGGAGAGCUUUUAUGCGCUCCACAAAACGGUGGCCCUGGCUGGGCUAAUGCGCCAGCUCUUUGUAAUGUCCAGCCUGGAGGAGAAGGAGCUGGCAGCACCCCUGCCAUCACCCCCACCAGUGUCUCCAAGGAAGAGCAGUGACAGCAGCCUCACAAUCACUGCCCGUCGCAUACGAAAAAGGUUCCUGAGCCCAGCCAAAAAAACACCAGAGAAAAAGCUGCGUUCGACCAGCUCUGCGCCGCAUCUGGCUGGAAGCAUUUUAUUUUUUUAUAUGUUAAUGAAUCUGGCAUGGAUAGCAGAGGUGGUAGAUCAGCGCUCUAUAUGGUCAGAAAUUGCCAACUGUGGAUACACCAGCCAGAUCAAACUGGUCAGCAAGGAAAGCAUCAUUCGAGCAAUUGUCCUACAUUCUACAACAAGUGUGAUUCCAAUGCUGCAGCAACUGAGACAGGGCAUGGAACUGUAUGGCCUGGUGGACCAGAUGGCGUUGUUUGUUCUCCUGAUUCUGAUUUCAUGAUGAUGAACUGCCAGCCACAUUACAGUGAAAAGGGGACAUCUAAGAAAAGAGCUGAGAGGAAGAUUAUCAACUUCCUCCAAGAUUUCUUAGAAGAGCUUUAAAUGCCAGGUAUAAUGUACUAUAUAGUAUACACGUAGCAUCAUUUAAUGUACCAAAUGCAUAAAUGUUCUUGGAUUUAAAAAAAAAAAAAAAAAAAAAACUCUGAACUGUUUCUCAAAUUCAUGUUAUUUGAAAAAUAUAUGAAUCACAGAUGGGGAGACAGACAGUGCAGCUGGUGACACAGAAGCUCUUGAAGUGCCACAUGUGCUCCAGUGGAUGACCGGGCAAUCCCACAUCCUCCCACAUGAAAAGAGACAUUUCAAAAUAAAAUGCAACUUUGACCAUGAAUGUGUAGCCAGGUAAAUUUUUUUUAUUUAAUUUUGAUUAUUUGUUUUCCCGAAACAAAAUACUUUUUUUGUGUUGUGAACUUCCCAAAAAUAUAAAAAUGUUCUGCCUGUAAAAAAGUGGUGGUCAUCAAUUCAUGCCUUUUGUUCCUCUGGGGAGUUGUUUUGGCGUUACACCACCUAGCGUCAAAGAGCUGCGUGUGCUCAAAGUGGGUGAGUCUUAAGAUAAAGCGCUCUCUCUUUCUCUCUAUUUUCGCCUUUUUUUCCAUUCAAAACCACAAUAUGUUCAUAUAUAAUAUGUAAGAAGCUUAUGAAUCUGUUGGUCAAGCUUACAAUGACUUACAAUUUAUAAAUUUAAUUUUAAAUCUAGUUAUGCAUUCAGAGUUAGCUAACUAAGCCUUGUGCUAGUUGAAACGUCUUGUUUAUUUCUCUUUUAUGCUGAUUUGAAAUUGUGUUGUGUCAUGUAUAAUUUUAUUGUGGUUUAUGUGAAUUUUAUUUUUCUUGUGGAGAGUGGCUGUGUGGCUCCUGUGUAACGCAUGUGUUUUUUUUCCCCUGUGAAGAAUAAACCCCACAGAUACUCAACCACGUCUCUAUUAUUUCAACACAACGCAGUGUGAGAGCAGAAAGCAGCCUGCUACAAAUGCAGGGAAAGGCUUGGAGACCACUCGGUUUGUUACCCAAUAGUGAGUGCAUGCACUCAGACUGUGACUUUUCCAGUACAGCAUCUUAGCACUUACACUGAGUUUAGAAGAAUCCUGAGUGAGGCAGUGCGAUAUGGUGGUGGAUUCCACAGAGCUUCAUAGCUCUAAGUUUACUCAAAACAAGAAGUUAAUAUGCCAAUGGCUGUUUGAUCUGAAAACAGACACAAGUUAUGAAGUUUUGUGAUUAAUUUAUUUGUUCUUUUUUUUUUUUUUCAAUACCUCAUACAGGAUUUUUUUUUCUGUGCAUUUGUUGGAAAAUGUUCAGAAUGUCUGUAAAACAAGGUUCCUGUAACCGGCUAAUGUGUCUAUUCAUGUUGUAAUGUCAGACACCUUGUGCAAAAAUUGUGUGUACAAGUCCCGACCAUGUGACUGAGAAUGUCCCAGAGGAUCAAUAGUUCUCUGAAGUUCCUCCAGGGCUUCGUCAUCCAGUGGGCAUGCAAUUUCAGGAACCACAACUGCUCAAUUAGUCAUCUCGCAGUACGACACUCUCCCAGUCAAUGUCUGGGUCUUGCAGUUCCUAAAGAUCCAGAAAGACAAAAAAAAACACGUCAAAGACUGUUUUUCAAUAUGUCAAACUGCUGUGUGUAUUUCAUUUAUAAAAAUAAACAGCUGUCCCUGAAAA